GAGAACUUGCUCCUUUCGUACCAUAACACGUACGUGUUUUCUCUUCCUCCUUGCUUCCAGUUCCAGGUUCUCUUUGCCUUCAGGUUCUUUGACUCAAAAUGUGUGGAAUACUUGCUGUUCUUGGCUGCUCCGAUGACUCUCUGGCCAAAAGAGUUCGCGUCCUCGAGCUUUCCCGCAGAUUGAAGCACCGUGGUCCAGAUUGGAGCGGGCUGCACCAGCAUGGGGAUUGCUUUUUGUCCCACCAACGUUUGGCAAUUGUUGAUCCCGCUUCUGGUGAUCAACCUCUGUUCAAUGAGGAUAAGUCAAUUGUUGUCACGGUGAAUGGAGAGAUUUACAAUCAUGAAGAUCUGAGGAAGCAUCUGUCGAAUCACAAGUUUCGAACUGGCAGUGAUUGUGAAGUUAUUACCCACCUGUACGAAGAGUAUGGGGAGAAUUUUGUGGACAUGUUGGACGGCGUGUUUACUUUCGUUUUAUUGGAUACCCGAGACAACAGUUUCAUGGUUGCCCGUGAUGCUAUAGGGGUCAAUUCCCUCUAUAUUGGUUGGGGUCUUGAUGGCUCCAUUUGGAUAUCAUCAGAGCUUAAAGGUUUAAAUGAUGAAUGUGAACAUUUUGAGAGCUUUCCUCCUGGUCACUUGUACUCGAGCAAACAAGCUGGACUUAGGCAAUGGUACAAUCCUCCUUGGUUCUCUGAGGUUGUUCCAUCAACCCCAUAUGAUCCACUUGCGCUGAGACAUGCUUUUGAAAGAGCUGUAAUCAAACGGCUGAUGACCGAUGUGCCUUUUGGUGUUCUGCUGUCUGGGGGCCUUGACUCAUCUUUGGUUGCCUCCAUCACUGCCCGCCAUUUGGCCAGGACCAAAGCUGCAAGGCAAUGGGGAGCACAACUCCACUCAUUUUGUGUGGGCUUAGAGGGUUCUCCAGAUCUGAAGGCUGCAAAAGAAGUUGCAGAUUAUUUGGGCACAGUUCAUCAUGAAUUUCACUUUACUGUUCAGGAUGGGAUUGAUGCCAUUGAAGAGGUUAUCUACCAUGUUGAAACCUAUGAUGUUACAACAAUAAGAGCAAGUACCCCCAUGUUUCUCAUGGCACGUAAAAUUAAAUCGCUAGGGGUGAAGAUGGUGAUUUCUGGUGAAGGUUCUGAUGAGAUUUUUGGGGGGUAUUUGUACUUCCAUAAAGCACCCAACAAGGAAGAGUUACACCGAGAAACAUGCCGAAAGAUCAAGGCCCUCCACCAGUAUGAUUGCCUUAGAGCCAAUAAAUCAUCAUUUGCAUGGGGUUUGGAAGCUCGAGUCCCCUUUCUAGACAAGGAAUUCAUUAAUAUUGCCAUGGAUAUUGAUCCUCAGUACAAGAUGAUAAAACGAGAAGAAGGACGCAUUGAGAAAUGGGUUCUGAGAAAGGCCUUUGAUGAUGAGGAGCAUCCUUAUCUGCCUAAGCACAUUUUGUACAGGCAGAAAGAACAAUUCAGUGACGGAGUUGGCUAUAGCUGGAUUGAUGGUCUCAAAGCCCAUACUGCUCAGCAUGUGACUGAAAAGAUGAUGGUUAAUGCUGCACGCAUUUUCCCACACAACACACCCACCACAAAAGAAGCCUACCACUACAGGACCAUUUUUGAGAGGUUCUUCCCACAGAACUCGGCCAGGCUUAGUGUCCCUGGCGGAGCAAGUGUAGCCUGCAGCACGGCUAAAGCUAUUGAGUGGGAUGCUUCAUGGUCCAACAAUCUUGAUCCUUCAGGCAGGGCUGCUUUAGGAGUCCAUCUUUCUGCUUAUGACAGGCAGGUCUCCUCUGUUAGCCCUGGCAUACCAGCGAUUAUCAAUAAUGUACCUCUGAAUAUGGAAGUUAACCAUCCGGGAGUUGCGAUCCGAAGCUAGUAGGGGCUAUGGAGGAAUACAUAAUGUUAAGAAAGAACAAUUAUGGUGUUCUAAAGAUGAUGUAUCAUCGAUAUAUAUAUUGUACUUUUCCUUAUAAAUAGUUUUCAAGACUGCUAUCAAUGUAUUUGAGUUAUUUUUAAGCAGAAAAAUGGAAAACCUUCCUUCUUUA